AUGACGCCAAACUUGGAGAAUAACUCGUGUUUAAUCCGUCCCCAGAUCCCUCCAGCCCCCACUGACGAUCAAGUUCAGCUCCGCUUUGACGAGCUAUUGCUCUCUGCGUGCACUGACCCUGAGAUCCGAGAGGAGUUGAAUGCGGCAGAAUCCAUUGGCAGCAAGUGGGUGUAUGCUUUUCUGAGCAAACUUCCGCAAGGCAGCGUCGCAGAGGAAUGGUUGGAUCCUCGGGAGUGUGUGGAACUUGUGCAGCGGUUCCGUGGCGAUGUGAAAUGUGUUCAUGAUCUUUUCUUGGCGAUCCGAGUCAAUAUCAUGCUAAGAACUGGUGCGUGGCUUGAGAAGUUUGUCUCGGGGGAUGGAAUCGAAGAGUUGGUGGCCCCUUUACAAGCCUCCGGGGGUGCAUCAGCAGACACGUGCAACGAGAUCAUCAAUAACCUUACGACGAGCAAUCAAGGCGAGAGCAACGAGACUAGCGACGCUGUAAACCCGGAGCAGGAGCAACCUCAAGCGAAGAAUACGACCAGUACCGAAAUUAAGACCGAAAGCUCGAAUGUGACACAAGCUCUCACGAACGCUGAGUGUUCCUCGCUUGAUAAAAUACUCAGUCAGCUUCAGCAAAGCGCUGACAGUGCUGCAAGACCCACAGAUUCCCCUGCAGCAAGAGGAGCGAAAUUAUCCUUGCCAUUCUUCCAGAGUUCUCGAAAAGGCCCAGGACUUGGCGUGACACCAGCCUGCACACCAAUCGCCACUGCCAGUGUUCGGAAAGAUGCGAAGCGGCCAGUGUUCCCGUCAAUCCCGUCUCCACCACGCAAGGAGGCACCAGCUACUACCCCGUCAAUACCUCCGCCAUCAACUACUGCUACGGUUCCUACUCCUACCUUACCUCCAAUUGACAUCACUCCAGUGGUUCCACCUUUGAAGGUGAAGGCACUGGUGAUCGCACCCGAUACCAGUGUCGAUAUUAAAGCACUCAAGGCUCCAUCCACUGGUACGGACAUUUCCAAGUUUCGUAAACUCUUAUCAAUGGGGGCGCCGCGUGAAGCUGUGCGCGCGAAAAUGCAACAGGCUGGCGUAGACCCAGAUUUACUGGACGAGCAGCAGGGUUUUACUCCGAAGGCAUCACCAAAGCCAGUAGGUAAAACGACAUCUGCAGAUUCCAAAGAUGGUAUGGGACUUGACAUGGACGCAGUGAAAGCGAAAAUGCGUCAAUCUGGCAUAGAUGUGGACCAGAAGGUGGAAGUCAAGGACCCCCCUGCUGCUCCUCCAUCACAAGGGGUAGCAUCGGGGGCAGACAUUUCUAAAUUCAAGAAGUUACUCUCGAUGGGGGCUCCUGUAGUUGCCGUGAAAGCCAAGAUGACUCAAGCUGGCUUGGAUCCAGCCUUACUUGACACUACUAGUCCAAAGGCAUCGUCACCUGCUCCAGCUUCUGCUCCUGCUCCUGCAAAAGUGAAAGAUGAUCCUAGCUAUGCCAAGUUCUUUAAACUCCUGUCGAUGGGGGCUCCUGCUGCUGCAGUGAAAGCCAAAAUGGUCCAAGCUGGUCUGAACAGUGAUCUUUUGGACACUCCAGACGUCGAGAUGCCAACGAUUCGAACACCCUCUACCUCUACACCACGUGAAGCGCCAUCUACCUCUCGCGCUAUGCUAUCGAACAUGCUCGAAAGUCACGCAGCUCCUCCAACUGAAGCUCAGACUAAAGUGAAGGACAACCCACAGUACGCUAAAUUCUUCAAGCUAUUGUCGAUGGGGGCUCCUGCUGAGUCCGUCAAGGCGAAGAUGCAGAUGGCAGGUCUUCAACCAGAACUUCUAGAUACUCCUGACGCCCCAUUGAAGCCUGCUAUUGUGUCUGAUCCUCCUGCUUCGCAGCCUCAAGUCAAAGUGAAGGAUGAUCCGUCGUAUGCCAAAUUCUUCAAGUUACUUUCGAUGGGAGCCCCAGCUGAGUCAGUGAAGGCGAAAAUGAAGAUGGCAGGGCUUAAUCCCGACUUGUUGGACACUCCCGAUGCCAAUGCGAACGCCCCUGUUGUAGCUACUACCCCGACAGUAAAGGUGAAAGACGACCCUGCGUAUGCCAAGUUCUUUAAGCUCCUUUCUAUGGGUGCACCUGCGGAAUCUGUGAAAACUAAGAUACAAAUGGCAGGCCUAAAACCAGAACUUCUUGAUACUCCCGACGCUGAUUUGCCUAGUGGAGACAUUCAAGCCAUUGCACAGCCUCAAGUAAAGGUUAAAGACGAUCCUGCGUAUGCAAAAUUCUUCAAGUUGCUGGAAAUGGGGGCACCAGCGGAGAGUGUCAAGGCCAAGAUGAGGAUGGCAGGACUACAAGGAGAUCUCCUUGAUACACCCGAUGCAUUCGUACCCAGUGCAACGCCAGCUACUCCGAAGCCGCCACCAGCUCCGACCUCAACAGCAGCACGUAGAGCUCAUUUAUCUAUCGCGAUCAAACCUGCUAUCAAGGCGAAGACACGCUCGUUUUACUGGCAACAACUGAAGGAUGAAGCCAUCAAAGGAACGAUCUGGGAAGAGCUUGAAAAGGAGCACUGUAAUCAGAGUAACGUGGACCUCCUUACUCUUACUGACGGUGAAUUGGAGCUCCUAGAGACUGAGUUCCCACCACCCGCUGCUAGUGGGCCUGGUACUGGCACUCGACGUGGCGUUAUGAGUGGACUCUUGUCACCAGGAAGUCCUGCGUCUCCUCUCGCCUCGCCCAAAGUUGUGUUCUUGAUUGACCGUGCAAGGUCCAACAACAUCUCGAUCAUUGUUAAGCAGUUCAAGAUGAGCAACGCAGCGCUACGAGUGGCAAUUAUGAAGAUGGACGCAGAAGUACUAACUCUUGAUCGUGUGCAAGGGUUGAUCAAGAUUCUGCCUACUGAUGAAGAAAUAGCAGCUAUCACUGGGUUUAGUGGAGACCCGACGACUCUCAAUGGAGCAGAAUUGGUCUUGAAAGAACUCAUCACUGUACCGAGAUUAAAGCAGCGCCUUUCAGCGUUGGAAACCAAGCACCAAUUCCCUGGAUUAGUGCGAGAUCUUCAGACCAAAAUCAACAAGAUUCGGGUGGCUAGUAACGAGAUCGGACAGAGUUCCGAACUCAAGACUAUUUUACUGGUGGUUCUCCAAGUCGGGAACAAAAUGAACCAAGGUACUGCUCGAGGAGGAGCAAAAGGAUUCCGGUUGAAUGAUCUGACCAAGUUGGCACAACUCAAGUCUGUUGAUAAGUCUGUUACUCUUCUGCAUUACGUGGCACGAAUGGUGCGAAUGAAGAAAGGGAAUGGGGUUCGAUUGGGAGACUCGCUGGCGUCGCUGUAUGAUGUUCAGAGUAUCUCGAUCCCAGAGCUUCAAGGUGACAUGAACAGGAUCAACGAUAUCACUGAAAUUAUCAACGUUGAAUUAGCAGCUCAACGUCUGAAGAACCGGAUCGAGGAGAAGGAAGAGAACGAUUUAUUCGUCGAGUCCAUGACUGUGUUCGUUGAUGACGCUUCCAAGGAAGUCGCUACUCUAAAGACCGACCUGGAUGAGACGUUGCGGCUGAUGCGAGAUGUUAUGCUGCGGUUCGACAAGAACGCAGACGAGGAGGAAGCUCCGGCUCCUGCAUCUGAUGCUCCGCUCACACCCGCAAUGUUAUCAGGUGCUGGAGAAUUCUUCAGUAUCAUUUAUGACUUUACCAUGUCACUCAUGAAAUCAGACCGCGAGAAUGAACUCAAGCGGAUUCGUGAAGAAAAACGACUGAAACAACAGGAACUCAGGAGCGCAACACCGCGGAGGAACGUUGCUGGGAUGCCCAGAUUCAACGGAAAAGGCGAAGGUGUCAGCUCUACAGGGACGUCGAAUAACCCAGCAAGUGAGGACACUGUGAAGACCGAACCGAAGCCAGAGUCUGUAACAACCGGCAAGACACCAGAACCGGACGCAGAGACGAGUAAACCCGUGGAGGAACAGGCACUUAAAAAUCCUGGAAUGGUCAAGGCUUCAGCUCUCCCGAGUGUUCCCGCUUCGCCGUUAAAGAAGGUCAUUGGGGCGAUGCCUACGGGUAUCCUAAGUCCCAUGAAGCUGAAGCUUACUAACUCUUCCACUCGUGUGGUUCCUUUCGAUGCCGCCUCCCUCACCGAGAUCAAGUUGAAAACGAAACACGCAACCAACAAUGAACCUCAAACGCGACGAGGAGUGAAGCCUGAAGUCGAAGCUGAGAGUGACGAUCACGACAACAAUAACGACGAACCUGCGUCACCAGAGAAGGCGUUAUCGGAAGCGGAGCCUUCUGCAAGUACCCGCGUAGCCGUACAAAUCGAUGCAUAA